AUAUUCGAGUAUAAUUAUGUUAUAAUCAUGUUAUAUUUUUGUUAUUAUAAUCUUAUUUUUAUAGAUCAUAAUCGCAUUUUCGACAAUACGAGGGGGUAAGUUGUAAUUGUAAGGUACGAGAGUCUUCUCUCUCUGUCUCCGUUGGUGCAAAUGUUGAUCCGCUCCAUUUUCCCCAAGCGAAAGAUAUCAACUUUACCUCACCUCUCUGAGAGAUUUAAACAAACAGAGAAUGAGAUUGUUCGGAUGUUUCAUGUUCCGGGCUCAGUGGAUUCUGAGAGGAUACCAGAGAAGGGGGGUUUCUCAAGAAGGCUCCUUUCUGUACGGACAUUGGAUGCCGAGAAGGCUCUGGAAGUGCUGAAAAUGAAAGUGGAUCACCGUCGGCAGUUUCUUCAGAGGCAAACCUUCUCCUUCGUGAACGCUGUUCAUCUGGGUUCGUCUACAAGCCCUUUGGUGGCCAACGGAAAUGGUCACGAACUUAGAAAACUAGGGUUUGAUUCGCUCAGUUCACCCGCAUUUUAUCUGCUUAACUCUGUCCGGAGGAUAGUGUCUUCGUCUUCUUUGAUAUCUUAUGGACGGAUAUUUACAGCUGCAAGUUCAUCAAGGGGCUUUGCCACCACUGUAGAUUCUGUCCAACCGUCCGAGUCAGCUUCUGAUGCACCUCCAAGGAUCAAAUUCAAAAGGCUUGAUAAGACUGCAAAGCAUAUAAUGCAGAUUCUAGAUAAGGAGGCAGUUGAGGGAGUGAGAGCGCAAAGAGAGAUACCUGAUAUAAAGCCCGGUUACAUUGUUCAGCUCAAAGUGGAAGUGCCUGAGAACAAGAGGCGUGCUUCAAUUGUGAAAGGCAUUGUCAUAGCAAGACGUAAUGCUGGUCUCAAUUCUACAUUUAGGAUUAGGAGGCUUGUGGCUGGAGUUGGUGUUGAAUCGAUGUUCCCCUUGUAUUCCCCGAACCUGAAGGAGAUCAAGGUGCUGGACAAGAAGAAAGUUAGAAGAGCCAAACUUUACUACCUCAGGGACAAGAUGAAUGCACUCAAGAAGCACUAAUCUUUCAUCCCUCUUUUUGGAUCAAAGGGUACGAAUUUUCGAGGUAGAUUUCCAUAUUUUGUCCUUGGUGUUUUAUUAAUCGAUCUUCGGUGAUAGACCGGUGUUUGUUUGUCUCCGAGGGAAUGUUUCUUUGAUCACAAACAUUUUUGUGCUCCUUGUCAAUUCAUUGGUAUUUGACUUGACCCUUCAUUCAAUAAUUUUGUAGUAUGGUUAUAAAUUA